GGGGCGACCUGACGGUGUUGCGGAAGCAGGUACCGAAAGCUUUUUGCGGCAUGGUGGACGUUUUCAAGCCUCGGCUGACUACAGGUGCGAGGGCUCCGAGAGACCGUUACCCGCGCGGGUGAGGGGAAGCUCCUGGGGCGCCGUGCCCGUAAUGAGCCGCCCGUUAGCCUUGGGAGCCACCCAGCCUUCGCUUCCGAGCGCUGCUAUACCCAGAAUUCCAGGCUUCCAUGCGCGGGAGUUGUAGAACUCCGGGCCGCGGUCGUUCGGAGAUGUCCGGAAGGCGAGCGGUCUUGUUGCCGCUGCUCGUGACCGGGGCCUUACUCGCCGUGCUGCUAGAGCCCAGCCGGUGCCAGGAGCCUGAAACUCCGGAUUGGAGGAUGACAUUGAAGACGAUCAGAAACGGUGUUCAUAAGAUCGAUACUUAUCUAAACGCUGCUCUGGAUCUCCUGGGAGGAGAAGAUGGACUCUGUCAGUAUAAAUGCAGUGAUGGAUACAAACCUUUACCUCGCUAUGACUAUAAGCCUUCACCACCCAAUGGAUGUGGUUCUCCACUCUUUGGAGUUCAUUUUGACAUUGGCAUUCCUUCAAUGACAAAAUGCUGCAAUCAACAUGACAGAUGUUACGAUACCUGUGGUAACAAAAAACAUGAUUGUGAUGAGCAGUUUCAAUAUUGCUUUUCAAAGAUCUGCAGAGAUGUACAGAAGACAUUAGGAAUAGCUGAGUCUGUACAAGCUUGUGAAUCUACAGUACAACUAGUGUUUGAUGCAGUCAUACAUCUCGGAUGCAAGCCAUACCUGGACAGUCAGAGAGCUGCAUGUAUGUGCCAGUAUGAAGCUAACAGAGACCUGUAACAAGAUUUUUCUGACAUGAUAGAGCCCUUUAUUGUUACAAAGCUGUCCUAAGGAUACAGUGAACAUGCAAAUAGACUGUCUACUCGCCAGAAGACAUUAAUCUGUAUAUUUUUAUGUAGCACUUCUUUCAUCAGCAAUCUUAAACUUAUAAGGAUCUGGGGCACCUCUUUUAGAGACGAAAAGGAUAUUUUGGCAACUGCCUUAAGUAGAUAGGAUUGUCAAUGAAUUCUGCUCUAAACUGAAGGUCCUGAAGACGGCAUAGGAUAAAGUUUUUUUUUUAAAAAGGUCAAUCCUUGGGGUCACAAUGAAUCAAUAUCUCUUUUGAUUUUUCUUAUAGAAGAAAAGUACCCACAAAGGCAAAAACCAAAUAUCUGAAAGACUUUAAAAAUAUGACUGUCAUCAUUCAGUUAUUUGUAUAUUGACAUUGUAUGAUGUAUGUAAUAUUUGUCCCUACCACAAAAUAGCUGUUUUCCAGUUGUCCAAGGGUAUUGUAAUUCUGUGAAAACAAUGUAUAGUUUGUUAACUAUUUAAAAAAUGUUCAUUGAAGAGAAAUAUCCUAUCAUGAAUUGAAAAAGGAAAAAAUGGUUGAUACAAAGAUAUUUGUCCAUUAUUGUGUAUGCUGUUUAAAUAUUACAUCCCUUUUAUUCUGGAAUAUCUCAAAAUUUAAUUUUAAGACUAAUUUAAUCAUUCUUUCUUAUGGCUAGGAAUCACCUUAACUGUGCAGGGAUUCUUUCAUGGGUUUUCAUAAUUUCAUUCUUUUUUUACAUCACAGUUUUAUAUAGUCUCAUUCUUAAUGUUUCUAUGAAUAAUCUCUAUUGAAGGAAAUUCUGCCUCAGGUAUAAAAAACUAUAAAAUCUGCUGAAUUACUUGGUAUUACUUGAAAAGUGGUUUUUGAUGCAAUUUCUUCUAGUGCCUUUAUUAAUGAAAUUGACAUUUUAAAAGUUGUGAAAUAAAAUUAUCUGC